AUGGGUAUCGAUCUGAAGCGUCAUCACGUAAAGUCCGGCAACAGAAACGCGCCUGCUUCAGAGGAUGUGUAUCUCAAACUGUUGGUCAAAGUGUACCGCUUUCUUGCCCGUCGCACAGACUCAAACUUCAACAAGGUCGUUUUAAAGCGUCUCUUCAUGAGCAAGGUCAAUCGCCCCGUUGUCUCGCUGUCAAAUAUUUAUUCGCAGCUGAAGAGCAAAACGGCGGAUGCCCCUGUUGCCGUUAUCGUUGGCAAGGUUGUAGAUGACGAAAGACUGCAAAGCGUUCCCAAAAUGAUCGUUGCUGCGCUCAAGUUCUCAAAAAAUGCAAAGGCUCGCAUCCUUGCUGCUGGAGGCGAGACUCUGACCCUCGAUCAACUUGCCCUUAGAGCUCCAAAGGGAUCAAACACCGUUCUUCUGCGUGGAGUGAAAAAGUCACGAAAGGCCGUCAAGCACUUUGGUAUUCCUGGCUCCAAGACCAAUCCUGCUGUUCCAUACACGCGCGGAAAGGGCCGCAAAUUCGACGAGUUGAAAAGAUAA